CUAUUAUCUAUCUCUCUAUCCGCCAAAAAGUCUAGAUAAGUGAGAAUCACGGUUUUGAGGUCUAUUCCCAAGAAGAUUCCCAUUUAUGACACCUAUCUAGACGUGAUGUCAUUGAUAAGAGUUAUCAUUACUUUUUGAAAAGAAAGAACAUAUAAUAAUUGUUUGUAUUUGCCGAUGCAUAGAGUGACAGGCCAGGGAAAGAAGAACACGUGAAAUUUCGUGCUGACACAUUUCGUAUAUUUUUCGAUAAAAAAAUGUAUUCUUUGAUGGGCGCUAAUAAUUAUUACGAGGCGGAUACAAAUUGUUUCGAUAAUUAUUUUUACUAUAAUGAAGAUUUUCAAGCGAAUAUGAAUAGUGAUUGGUCUUAUCUUGGUGAUAUAGGUAACAAUUAUAUGUCAAAGUCAAGAUCAGAUACAAUACCGGAUUGGAUAACUCAUGUAGAACAUAUGAAUCUUUUAAACGACAACCCAGUUAGCGAAAAACCAAACUAUAUCGACAACACCAACACCACCAUCCAAAGAACAUGGCAAGGAAAACCUAUGGAAGAUUGGACAAACGAUGAAGUACUAGAUUUCAUCACAUCGGAGUUGCUCCUGGAAUGUUAUGAGAAUUCUCCAGAAAGAUCGCAAAGGUUCAGAUGUAUUUCUGGAUACAUCUUUCAACAGCUCACAGAGGAACACUGCAAGGAGUUAUCAGGAUCGAAGGAUGUUGGAGAACUUAUUUAUAGGGCGAAGAAUAUGUAUCUCACACAGCAAAUAGGAAAUAGAUUUGAAACUUGCACAAAUCACUGGAAUCAUGAGAACAACUGCAUCAUAUCUUAUCCAGUUAAAUUAGAAAAUGAUGCAAGUCAAGCAAGAAGGCCUGGAAGACCAAGAUCAGUGAAUACAAUAAGAAGAAAAACACAGAAGAGAUCUGAAAAAUUGUGGGAAUUCAUAAUAAACCUCCUCAAAAACUCCAAAACUUGCCCAGAUCUCAUCAAAUGGGAAGAUUUUGAGGAAGGCACAUUCAAAUUCGUGCAGAGUGAGAAAGUGGCUCAACUUUGGGGUGCAAGAAAAAAGAAUGGCAACAUGAACUACGAGAAAUUCAGCAGGGCUCUUCGAUAUUAUUACAAGAGCAAAAUUCUCCAAGCUGUUCCUGGAAAAAGGCUAGUGUACAAAUUUGGUCCACAAGCAAAAGGUUGGAGAAUAGCGACACCAUUAUAUUGAAAAAAAUAAUAAUACAAUAACAAACAAUAAAUGCAACUCAAGAGAUUCAUCAAAAGUUAGAAAGGCGAGAUCACAGCUGAAAAUUCUCUUCGAUACACUUCGGAGAUCUUCAUUCUCUUAAAAGGAUCAAUUUCAGUCAUUAAUUAAACAGAAGUCCUUUUUUAAAUCCUCGCAAUCUAAUUUAUUGACUCAAUAAACGUUCUCAUCCGGACUGGAUAAAAAUGUAGGUGAUAAUGACUAUUUAUUUUAUUGACGAUGUGAAUGUAUUUUAGAUAGCUCGGCAAUUUAGCUUUAAGCCAAGACUGUUGGAAGGUAUUUCUUGGAUUCCAUAUCUCAGUUUCAUCUGAUUAAAUCGAAUCUUAUAUUUAUAUCAUGUUUGAUUAAUAUUUGAGCUAGAUUAUCUUUGAAUAGUAGUCAUAGGUGUUUAUCUGUAAUUAGGUAUUUGUUUUUUAAUGUUGACGAUUUGCAGAUGGAAAUAUACUCAUGUGUUAAUUUAAA